CUUAGCAUGUUUAGCGUGAACAAUGUCUGCUAUGUAGGCUGGUAAACAGGUUCUACAAUGUCACGUGUGAAGAUAUGUAUGUGUUUUUGGGAAAGCCUGGCAGUCAGAAAUAUGCUGAGAUACACAGAGGUACGAAAUCCGAAACUGUACUUUCUCUUUGAUAUAUGAUAACAUAGCAGAAAGAAGCUACUAGCAGGGGGUAAAGAGACAUUCAGAAGGAAGGAAGGAAUGUCGCAAGAAGCAAGUCAGAAACCUAAAUGUCCAGCUCGUCCACCACAACCUGACCCCUCAAAGCUACGAACCUUACGACUUUCCAGGCUCAGGCCCACAGACGAAUUACAAGCUAAAACAUGUAAUCUAUCGCUGGAGAAUCAAAACAUUCCUACAUACAUAGAUGUGUUGUCUGACAAGUCGCCAGCUAAGGAUGUAGCUCCUGCCAGGCCACCACCUCCAGUAUUGACAAGAUCAUUCCUCUAUCAGUCCAAAGAGACAAAGGAUUCAAACAGUCAUGUAGAGACAACGGACAUCGAAAAUACAGAAACACCUUUGUCUAACGGGAACCAUGUGGAAACAGAUGACGGUUCGUCAUACGCCGAUGUUCUUUCCAACGAGAGAAGGCUCAGAAAUCGUCCCACAUCUGUAAAUUCCCCUCCUCCUCGUCCUGUUUUUCCGCCUCGGCUUUCUCUGUCACUUCCACGAAAAUCAGUACUAUGCCAGUCCCAGUCGGCCGGGCCUACUGAACAUGUUUAUGAAAGCAUUGACGAUGUUUUGUCACAGGAUAAAGGUGGAGAGAGAGGAUUAUCCGCUGGCCUAACAAGAAAAGGACGUUUUGCUACUUACCACUCAUGGAGUGAAGCAUUUAGUGUGGAUGGAGACCGCACUGCAAGGGAGCUGGAUAUCUUGUUAGAAUGGUGGAGAAGUAUAGGAGGGUUGGAGAAUCUACAAAGCUAUCAACAAGAGGAAACAAAAUCAAAACCGCUGAUCUCAGUGGCACAAAGAGUAAAAACAGCCAUGCGUCUGUAUGAGCUGCUUUUAAUUCAGCGUUGUACUGACCUGCUAAACCAUGUCACAGAGCUCCACUGCACUGCGGACAGUCUCGUCAAGUCGAAUAAGAAGGCUCGACUUGCCAAGCUCACAGGAGGCACCACUGGUGCGGUUGGUGGUGUUACUAUUGCAGCAGGCCUUGCUCUUGCCCCACUGACCUUUGGAGCCUCAUUGGUGGCAACCGGUAUCGGCGUCGGAAUCGUUGCCGCAGGAGGAGUCGCAGGGGCAUCAGCAUCCUUCAGCAAAAAAAAGAAAGGGAAUUGGUUAAAGGACAAGGUGGAGAAAAUCAUAAAUAGCUACAAAACCCAGAUAGAAGAUAUUCUAGCAUGCCUCAGGUUUAUUGAUAUAGGAAUGGAGCAGCUCAGAAAGGAGGAUAACACCAAGCUGAAUGAAAUGGGUGCUCAGUUGGCGAAAAUAGGCAGAGUUGCUCAGGAAAUGGAAAACAUACACUCCAUGGAUGUCGUAAGUGAUUGUUUUGGCAUCCUGGAGGAUUUGGAUUUCUAUUUCUUAGAGGAGGAUGAUCCAAAAACUAAGAAGAACUCUAACACCCAGCUUGCUCAGAAAGUCUAUGAGGUGGCUGACAAACUCAAAGAGUGUGUGGAUCAGCUGAUACGGAUUAAAAACCUCUUUCGAUCAGUAGAUGAUAGUGUUUGAUUAAAAUGAUACGUUUUGUAA